AUAUUCACCAAGGUUGUCACCCAGGUUGAUCUACCAUGCGCCUCGGUUUCGUAUAGACCACGUUCAAGGAUAUGUCAGCACCACGUCGCAACAUCGAAACCUACUAAUCACGACAAACUACAGAGUGAGAACGCUAUAGCAUAAGUACUACAGAAUCUCCCCCAUCACUAAACCAGUCACCACCCCAAUGGCCAUAUCGAUUCCUAGAGCUUAGCUACUCCUACACACAUCGUAGUCCGCCUCGACGGAGAGUUUAUGGGAAAUCUUUUCAACAUGGCAUCGACAGUCGAGGAUAUUUUUUCUCUCUUGCAAGAGCCAUACGCGCUUCCUGCAGUUUACUCCAUCGCCGCAUUAUCUAUAUUAUAUCUUCUCUAUCUUUGGGUUCUGCCAAAACCCAUCCCUGGUAUUCCCUAUGAUGAGAGUGCCAGACGCAACCUCUUAGGCAAUCUUCCUGAGAUUCGAGAGUAUGUACGCAAGACCGGACGCCUACGGCCAUGGAUAACUUCGCAUCCAGCUCGACUCAACUCAGCCCUGACGCAAGUCUGGCUAGGUCCAUUCCAAAAGCCGGCUCUGAUUCUUGCUGAUUUCCAAGAAACUCAAGAUAUGCUACUUCGACGAGGCAAGGAGUUCGAUCGGAGCAAAAGGAGUUACGACAUCUUCCGCGGUAUUAUUGAAUAUCAUCACAUUUCCAUGUCUUCGACCGAUCCACGGUUCAAAGGGAAUAAAGAACUCGUAAGAGACUUAAUGACGCCAGGUUUCCUAAAUGAGGUUUCAGCGCCACAAAUCUAUGCGAAAACCAUGACCUUGAUCGAGCUAUGGGCACUUAAGUUCCGUCUUGCCGGUGGCCAUCCGUUUGAAGCGAAGGAAGAUCUUUCGGACGCAGCAAUCGACAUGAUCAACGCCGCCGCUUUCGGUCUGGAUGAGAGCAUGAGCACGGUCAAGAGUCAACUAGAUGCACUUACCGCCUUGAGUGGCCAGAAGUUCUCGGCGAGUGCGGAUGGCUCAGUCGAAUUCCCUCGCGUACCUCAAAAGCCGGAAAUAACGGCGAUAAGAGCUCUUGGGACUCAUCUUGGAGAGCAGUCUCACAGCACAAAUCCCAAAUUCAAGCACUACUACAAGUUGCUUUUCCAUCCUACCUUCACUAAUGACAUCGCACUGAAAGACAAAUUAAUCCAUGAUGAAAUUGAAAAGGCUUUAGUACGUCUGCAGGGAGAAGAGGGUGAGACCCGCUCGGCUAUGGACCACAUUAUUCAGCGAGAGAUCAAUUCGGCAGCCAAAGGGGGAAGAACACCCAGCUUUCACUCUAGAAGGGUUUAUGACGAGCUCUUUGGAUAUUUCCUAGGAGGUCAUGAGACCAGUUCAACAGCCCUAUACUGGAUCGUUAAAAAUUUGGCCGACUACCCUGAAACCCAAGAGAAGCUGAGGUCAGCACUCCGAUCGGCAUAUGCCGUGGCAUACAAAGAGGGUCGCCAGCCAUCUGUUACAGAAAUUACUAAGAACGCAGUUCCAUAUCUCGAUGCCGUGAUUGAAGAAUCUCUUCGUAUCAAUAGCCCGUUCCCGCUUACAACCCGACAAGCCAAAGUUGACACUAUCCUACUCGGUCGCAAGAUCCCUAAAGAUACAAUGGUCUUUCUGACCUGGGACGGGCCAGAUUUCAAAAGCCCCGGGAUCCCGGUUGAGGAGGACAUGCGUAGCGAACGCUCUCGUCAAAAGUAUUUGAUCGGACACUGGGAUCCUACCGACGUGCACCUAUUCAAGCCUGAGAGAUGGCUCAAGGUAGAUGAGGACGGUAAGGAAGUUUAUGAUUCCCAAUCCGGUCCUAUCCUCGCGUUCGGUCUUGGUCCAAGAGGAUGCUUCGGCAAGAGACUUGCUUACCUCGAACUGCGUACUGUCCUCGCAUUACUCGUUUGGAACUUCCAAUUCAACGUGCCGCCUGGAGAGCUUGGUUCGCGCUCGGUAUAUGACAGCUUUACGACAGCUCCCCUCAAUUGCUAUGUCGCGCUAUCGAAAGCUGACAAAAGACUAUAAAUGCGGGGACUAUUAGGAUGGGUUACAGCGUUGAUCGCAUGCUUAACUUGAUAUCAGAGAAAAGACAUUGAACAUUGAGGUGCCUAAGCCCAACUGCUUCAACUUUAGUCUAGGCCUCCGCUUUAGCAGCCUCGAAAUUCUCAUACUGUACAAUUAAAUCUCAAGUAUUUUCUUUUCUCGAUGAAUAUUAAUAAUAAAUUUCGGCUGUCUCCCCUUUGGCCCCCAAAUUGAUCAUCUGCCGAUAGUGUCGGAGAUCAGCACCACCUGGUAAUGUCCGUCCACGUCGGUGGCGUCAAUCUCAUGAAUUCUG